GAUUUUCAAUCACUCAAGGUUGUGUUCCAUUUAUUUGUGAAAUACAUUAAACUCUUAAAAAAAAGAUAACCGAUAAUCUUGACGUGUAGACUACAUAAAUUUCUAUAUUUAAAUUACUUUCAUUUGCAUGAACAAACUUCUUUUUUUAAUAUUUCACGCAAGCUAUAAUUCUCUGGCAACGCUCGCUGUCAAUUUUCAUCAAGCGCGAACCCGUUCUCUUGCUCUUUCCACCCAGUUUGGCACGCGCUCUCUUUCUCCCUUUUUCACACACUUUUCACACGCAUUUGACAAAAUAAUAAAAACAAUUUCCGAAUUCUAGUGAAAAGUUUUUGUACAUUGCCGUCUGCGAAAGUGUUGUUUGCAAAAAAAUUUUCUGUCAUACAAAACAAUGAGAAAAUAAUAAUUAAAAUAAUUCAGUACUAUCUUUCAUAUUUAUCUAUUUCGGUGUAAAAUAUGUCAAAUAUUGCAAUCAAAACAGAGAAGCUGGAUGAAGAGCAGCAGGAGGAGAUUGGCAUUGAAAAUAGAGCCGAAAGUGAGGAUGGUGUUAGUAGUAGACAGGAUCAUGUAAAAAUCACAACGUCGUUGGAUAUGUGUAAUUCGGCUGGUGGUGCUAAAAGGCAAUUAGAAAUGGGACGGAAGACAAAUAUGCGUCAGCCCCAACAAAUUCCACCCCAACCUACUGCUUUACUAAAAAAUAAUAGUACCAGUUGUGACAGUAAUAGCGGUCUUGUUAACCCCAGCCAUGAAAUUAAUAACACUAAAAAAUCCGCACUGUCCAAAUCUCGGUGUGGCGAGGUCUUUGUGUCUAAUAAUGCAAGACAAUGGACAUUUAUUUGUACAUUUUGCAACAAAAGCACACGUGACAUUGGCGAAUUUAUAUGUCAUAUUAAAAUCAAACAUUUGGGUGGUUUCGCAGACGAUGGUGAUGAAACAGAUGAUGGAGAAUACGAUGGAAAUCAACCAUCCAAUUUCUAUGAACAAGAUCAAGAUUAUUUGGAUUGCGGCAACUACUUAGAUGUGAACGUACACACUGAAUCCGAGGAUUACAGUGUUAAUGGGCAAGAUCACUUGGCAUCAUAUCGUCAACAAAUGGGCAUUAAUAAUGCGCCGCAACGACACACGUCGGUUGAUACCGCGGCCAGUGAGGCAAAAAGCCAAGUGGAUGGAAACAAAAAGAAGAAAAUUAAUAAUGUUGAAAAUAUGCAACAUUCGGGUGAAAAUGACGCAAAUUUUCAAUCAUAUCCAAAUAAAAACACACAAAAAACUUCAACACCUGUUGUUAAUAUGAAAAACAAUGCGAAUGGAGGUGACAGUAUGACGUACGAUGCUUCCGACUACACUUCUGGAAAAGAUGACUUUGACCUAACCAAUCCUUAUGACAAUGAAGAUGAGGAAGAUUUCGAUAAUCAGCUAUUCAUAGCACCAAACGACUCGUUGGAUGCCAGCGCAACAGAUGGCCGCGAAAUGAAAGCUAAACGCCGACAAAUACGUGGUACUGCCUAUUGUGCCCUAUGCAACAAGACCUUUCAAUAUUACUCCUUGUAUCGCAAUCAUAUGAUUAAACAUUCUAAUGAGACACCGUUCAAAUGUCCAAUUUGUAAGAAGGGUUUCAAAUCUAAGCAAGCCAUACGUUAUCACAUGAAUACCCAUCAGAAGGAGAAACAAUUCAAAUGCACUGUUUGUAGCGCCUCUUAUGGCACGGAAAACCAUUUCAUUUCACAUAUUAUGACCCACGAAAGCGCUACCGCUUUUCCAUGUUUGGUUUGCGGCCAAGUGUUAAGCAGUAGCAAGGAACGCGACAUACAUAUGGCUAAUCAUAAGGAGGAGCGACCAUUUCGCUGUGACUAUUGCAACAAACUCUUCCGAUUAAGGCAUCAUUUGUCGAACCAUUUGAAGAUGCAUCGUAAAUAUCGGUGUGACUACUGCAAAGAGAUAUUCACUAGCGCUAUAUAUUUGCGUAAACCAUACGCUUGUCCUGGCUGUGAAAACACACCAGAAGCGCGACGUGACUCUGCAAAUACUGCAAGCGCUAAAGUGGGACGUAUUGCUGGUAGUAGUAAUGUAAACCCGUUGGAAAUUUUUGAAACAGUUAUACCGGGACAAACUCAACAAGGUAAUGAGUUUGCGCAGAUGGUUACAGAUUCCGAGGGUGAAGGCGAUGAGGAUGAUGAAGAUGAUGAGGAUGAAGAUGAGAAUGAUAAUGGCGAAGAUGAUGAUGACGAUAAUGAAGCGCAAGGCUCACGGAUGGAAGAGGACGGUGUUGAAAAUGAUCAGCAUAUGACCAGAAGAGCAGCCGAGCAGAUCGAUACCGACGAUGACGACGAAGACACUUAUGAAGACAGCGUAUCGGCAAGUACCGGAACAAUUGGUAGCGCCGGGCAUAGGCUGAAUGCGUAUGGUGAUGCUGCCGGCGGGGGCAUUAAGCGAUAUGUAUGUAAAUUUUGUUCACGCAAGUAUUCUCAUCCCAGUGGCUUGAACUAUCACAUGCGUCAUAAGCAUAGGUAAUGCUAAUAAUUGGGAAAUUUAAUGCAUUACGUCUAACAAAAGUGAGACUACAGAAGGCAGUUAUUUAAAUAUACAAAAGUACAUUGGUAUUUUAGACAUACACACAUAACAUAUGCACUGACCAAAA